GGGAGACGCGCUUGAUUCCUGCGCGGUUCCAGACAGCGGGAGCCGCAGCAGAGGGAUGAAAGACCUGCGUCCACUUGCGGCUCCGGAGCCGCGGGUUGCCGACCCCUGGUCUAGAGGAUCUGGAUUCACUUGAUCACAUGAAUCGGUGCUUCUAUCUUCACCUUGAGUUGUGUGAUAGAAGAGAGCUGACUGGUGGGAUUGAGCAGAAGAAAGUCGACAAAAGACGAUGCAGAGGAUAUGAAAGAGAAUAAAUGACCCAGUGAAAACAUGAUGAAGAAAUCAUCCAAUCAACCAAUAGAAAGGGAGGAUAUUUGCCACCAGAGGGAGCUACAGGCUGCAUUCUAAAUCAUGGACCACAUCCUAAACCCUAAAUUCAUCUCUUAACUUAAUCCCAACAGUGACAUAGUGGACUCUCACCCAGCGCCAUAACCUGGAGUUGAUUAUUUUCCUAGAACAGCACCACACACAUACACACACACACACACACACACACACACACACACACACACACACUGAGGAAGGAAAGUGGGGUUACAACCGUUCACUCGGUCAGUGACGUCCUCUUGUAACUUAGCCGACGGAAGCUUUCUGCGGGAAAAUAAGAAAAUGGUUUAUUCUAUUUUAUUUAUGGAAAACUAUAUAAAGUCUGUAUAUAAGUGGAUGUUUAGUGUAUCAUAUCAGCGGGUGUGACCUUUAACCUUGCACCAUCAUAAACUGCUCAAGAGAGAAAAGCUGAACAGAGUCAACAAACUUGUUUAAGGAAACACAAUUAAUGAGUGUUUAAAAAAGACAGAGAAAGAGAGAGAGAGAGAGAGAGAGAGAGAGAGAGAUGGAUGGAUGGAAAGUGGGAGGAGACUGAAAUGGCUUAAUUCAGAUAUCAAGACCUGUGGAACAAAGACACACACAUGCAUCUUAACAUUUUAAUCAGUCGUCCAUGAUCGUGUCAGUGUCACUGCAGGAGCUCUAGAAGUCAAGGUCUUUCCUGAACAAUGUUUUUCUACAACUGCACCUCAUCCGAAGGCUUGUACACCAUCCCGGACUCGUCCUGGUGCCCGGAAUCUGGUGAGUGCAUCAUGUGGAACGUGAGCUCUGAAGACAUGAAGGAUUUGUGCAAGAGCCGCAGCCUGUACGUGGAAAAGUACUUAGGGCCCCAGCGCUCUCCGCUCUUCCUGCCAAUCUGCAUCUCCUAUUUGGUCAUCUUCUGCGUGGGAUCACUGGGCAACACGCUAACGUGCACUGUGAUCAUGCGCCACCACUCAAUGCGCACACCCACCAACUUCUACCUGCUUAGCCUGGCCAUUUCGGACCUGCUCGUCCUCCUCUUGGGUUUGCCGUUGGAGCUUUAUGAGCUGUGGUCCAACUAUCCCUUCCUGCUGGGAACCGGAGGCUGUUACUUCAAGACGUGCCUGUUUGAGACUGUGUGUUUCGCCUCAGUGCUCAAUGUCACAGCGGUCAGUGCAGAGAGAUACCUCGCUGUCGUCCACCCGCUACGUGUCAAACAUGCCAUGACACAUGGCCACGUCAGACGCGUCAUCAUGGCACUGUGGAUCGUGUCGUUUCUAUGCGCUCUGCCUAACACCAGCUUGCACGGCAUAACCAUGUUGCCUCCAAAGUUUGGCCGGAGUUUUCCCGAGUCGGCCGUGUGUGGCCUGGUGAAGCCGGUGUGGAUCUACGCGAUUCUCGUUCAGCUGACCGCGCUCUUGUUCUUCCUCAUUCCCAUGGUAAGCAUCGGGGGGCUCUACCUACUCAUCGCACUCCAGCUGCACCGAGAAACGAGGCUACUGCAGAACAACACCAAAGCUUUGCGCUCAGGAGCACAAAGCUCGCUGCAGAGAACACGUCAUCGCCAAGUCACCAAAAUGCUGUUUAUGUUGGUGGUGGUGUUCGCCAUCUGUUGGGCGCCGUUUCACGUCGACCGGGUCAUGUGGAGCUACAUUGAAGACUGGCGUGAAGAGCAGCACCGUGCCUUCGAGUACGUGCAUCUCCUCUCCGGCGUGUUCUUCUACCUGAGCUCGGCUGUGAACCCCAUACUUUACAGCCUGAUGUCAUCACGCUUUAGAGAGCUGUUCCGCGAGGUCACGUGCUGGAAGGCCGAGCAGAAAUUCAACAUCACGCAGAUCACCUUUCGCACCACGGUAUGAGGAAACGUCGGCGUGUGCAAACCUACAGAGAUGAAGGACGGGAAAGGAGCUUAUUUCUGGAAGUAUUACCAUGAGGUCUGAGAGCUAAUGAUGGUGGUGCUAUACAUGAAAAAAACAACAAGGCUCUUUAAAUAGUAGCAUUAAAGACCAAACUGAC